CUCUUGCUUGCUCUAACUUCACUCAUAAUAAAACCCAAAGUUCUCAGCUACUACUGUCAAUCACUACUAAUCUCGCUCUUCCAAAUAUGGAUGUUUUUACCUUACUCGAGUUCUGGCGCAAUGCCGGUGCCAACACCACCGCCCAUGGCAACCUCGAUGCAAAUAUCAGCAGCAGAUCCACUGUCAUCACUGCCUCUGUCAGCGACGACGUUCGCAAUCAGCCGCUGCAAAUGUAUGACGAUACCGGCGACGAGUCGUUUUUCGAUUUAGUCUUCACAGAGCCUGAUGGCGAUGGCAAAGAACAAAACUAUGCCAGGAAUGUCGACAUCAAUGUCCAUGGCAAGAAAUUCUUCACAAAAGACAGGGAGACAAGAUUCAGUUUCGUCGGAUCUUCUAACAAUUUUUUCUUCAACAGGAACAUAUUACCUAUAGAACCAACUUCAAAGCCUCAAUCUUCAACUUCUUUGUUGAAAUCUCCACCGAAGUUUCGAGCCUUUAUGUUAGGCUUAAAGAAAUCAAAAUUAGAGAAAACACAGGCAAACGGUACUGAUGCCACAGCGACUCUGGAGCGUCUCCAACAGAAACCAUCACUACACGGGCAAAGCAAGCGUUUCACAGUGGAAUGCGAACAUGAAGAAGUCCCUAUUGCUUCACUUUUAACGAGAGACAGUAGUCUGAGAAGCAAACUACAGAAAGAGAUCUCAGACGAGAAGUCAGAUUCUUUAAAGCGAAUCGUGAAGGACGGUGUUCACAAAUAUUUCAAGCUAAUUAAACCGCUUUAUGUUAUUGUGUCAAAGAGAUAUAGGAAGAAAAUGAGGUUUCCCAAUCAGUUCUCCACGGUGACGCCAUUGUCGUCUCCGGCACCGGCUCGUUCGUCUGGAAAGCAGGCAGAGGAGAAACACGCGAGUUUUCCAGCUGGAUUUCGAGUGGCGUGUAACCAUACAGCGAAAAGCCGCUUGGCCGUCGAUAUCAUGCCGUCACAGGGUAGUCGAAGAGAUGGUUCGCUCUUGCAGAAACAUGAAGAUGAUGGAAUCCAAAGCGCCAUUCUUCAUUGCAAAAGAUCGUACAACUCUUCCUCCAAAGAUAGCUCUGUACUGUCUCGAUCUGUUAGUGAUUCCAAAUCAAUAAACUCACCGAGAAAUUCCGCCGAAGAAGGAAAAAGAUGCAGCAUUUGAAGGAUGAAAGCUUAAUUCAUUAGCUUUUUGUAAGAAAAAAAGAACAAAGGAGUUGAUCUGACUGAGAGCCAAGGUAUCCCCACCAUUGCAGAG